UCAAACAAAGCUAAAUCUGGUUUGGAUCGCUAGAGUGGUGAACUUUGGUUCGUAGAAUCAGUGGAAUUUACGUGUUUGAAGUCUUUAUUGGAGUAUUAUUUUGUGUGCUAUUUCUUGUUGCAACGUCGUCGUUCAUCAUGUACACCGAGACACAGAUUCAGUGCGCACUUUGCAUGUCUGCGGAUAUCUCUUUGAGCAAACUUAGCGAGGAUUUAGGCGAGCAGAGCGAUCCAACUGGAGAAAAAACACAAAAAACGUGGUUGACUAUCAGUGAAGCAUUGGCCAUCACAUUAAAGCAGGCUUUGCAGCAGAAGAGAGUUACAAUGGGCGUGCACGAUUGUGCAAAAUUACUUAGAUGCUCUCCUAAUAGAGUAAUGAUGUGUGUCUUACCUGAACUGACCACUGAUGAUUUGUCCAUGCACAUCCAUCAUACCUUGGUCAAAUCUUUCUGCUGGGAGCAUGAAAUUAAACUUUUAAUGGUUAAAAAUGAGCAAUGCCUUCUGGACCUGGUCAAGGGCUGCCCAGAACACGCUAACGCCACGGAGAAAUCAGUUUCUUGCCUUAUGAUUGAGUACCCUCUUGAUGGCAACAGUGAAGCCGACACUUUUGUUAUUGGAUACCACGACACAAUCAUGUACAGCGACAUAUUCCCCAAGCCAGUGAUACAGUUACCAGAAUGAACUAUGUGUAGACUUUAAAAGUAUCAUGACCCAUACUCGCUUUAUCAACAAAGCGGAAACAAAGUCAUGGAAGGUUCGCCACCACACAUGGUCAACACUUCAUGGUGUGGCUGGGGACACUGACCACCUUCAUCAGCCCAGAUGAUGCCUGACAGCAAACUGCGUCGCCACUGAUGCCUCACGUCUACAGGAGGCCCCAGUCUAAACUGGUUCGAAUCUAUUCAUGCAUACGAAAAAUGCAUUUAUCAAACCCACAUCUACCUGCCUCAAGGUGUACAACCUAGUUUCACUUCUGGUUUCAAAUUUUGAAGUAUCCAGGAACUAAACGCAUCCAGCACUAUCAAGACCGGAUAAUAAGUUCCGCACGUGCCCGGAUUUAAACGAUCCAUUAUAAUUUUUUUUUUUUUUUUUUUAAGUUAAAAUUUAAAACUGCUUGGACUCUAUAGCUUUGCUUGACACUGUGUACACUUGGAUUUUUACUAAACAUUUAAUUCAAUGCUUUAAUUAUAAGUUGCACAUCAAAGGUAUCUUGUGGGAGUAGCAUGUGAACCUUGGGUUCAGUUAUAAAAAAAGAAACUAAGAUGAACUUUUAUUUACAAAUUUUUGUAUACUCUUUUUAGCUAAGACUUAAGUAUAUUGAUGGCUACAAGUUUUAUUACUUAAAAAUAUCAAAUAUUAUUUUGCUCUAGAUGCUAAAAUAAUAUUAAGGUCUGUUUAAAACCAUGAAUUUUGUUAAGAGUUAAUUUUUUUUCCAUAUUGCAAGUGUGGGUUGCUGUUAAAUUUAUUCCAUAUAUUGCAACAUUUUAGGUUUAAAAAUCAUGUAUUACUAAUUGCAUUGUGUAUGUCUCAUCCUAUUUUGUAGCUGCUAAUUAUUUUUAUCAUGUUUAUUUACAAUAAAAUU